UGAAGGCCACUACCGGGUCAAAGGUUACGAAGAAGUGAAAGAUGUCUUGUGAUGUAGAUGAAUUGGAUGUUAACCCAUUUUUUAGGGCUUUGCAGACAACGUACCUAGAUUUAUACGAAAAAGCUCAAGAAAAAUGCCACGUCAUUUGUGUACCACAGAAAUCAUCUUUAGUUGGUGUUGCAAUAAACCAAAAGUUGAUAGAAACACAUAUUUUGAAACCUUCCCCUUACUUCAAAGGCCAAUUUUUAACGAUACACAGUGCUGGUAAUAAAACUGUUGUUUUAGAUGAAAAUGGUCAGAUAAUAAAAACUCUUCAAGGUUUUUCUGGUGAGAAAAAAGUGAAAGUACUCAGUGAAGAAUUGGCUUACAAUAAGACCUAUGAACAUUAUAAAAUACUCAUCAUAGAGUCACCUUUAGAUUCUAAAGUUGUGUCAAAUUUAAACACAAAGGAAACAGCAUUGAAUGAUUUAUUGAAACCAAAAUCUACAUUCAUUGAAUCCAAGUUUUUUCUCCAGUCAUUUAAAGAAUAUACAAAAACAAUAUUACAAUUAGAUAAAAGUUUAACAGAGUUUAAUGAACAUUAUAUGGUGUUAUCAGAUUAUUUAUCGGAUGCCGGUGACAGAAUACAAGCAAUGAUUACAGAAACUGUGGAGAAAUGUUUAAAGUGUUCAAAACAUAAGAUCCAAUCUGAUGGUAGAUUUAAAGAUGUUUUACGUGGAGCAGUUGAAAGUUAUAUACUGGGUAUGGUGCAUUAUAAGAUAUUUGGUGUUAUAUGUGAUAAGAAAAAGAAAGAAGAUAAAGAUCUAUUAGUUAAAUGUCAUCAGUUAGAUGGUAUAACACCAGUACAGUUACGUGUUAAUAAACAAUUCUCAUGUCCUUUACCUAGUGCUGUUGUGGAAUUGGCCAGAUUAGACAGUUUAUGUACUCCGUGUGAAAAAUUAACUUGUUUAAAAUCAACCAUAGACAAUAUAGCAGAUGAAAUUGAAGCAGUUUUAUCGAAAAAUAAACAAAAAGAGAUAUCAUUAGAAAAGCAAGAAAUGCCAUGUCUUACCUCAGAUGAUCUAAUUCCUAUUUUAGUAACUGUGAUAGCCCAGGCCAAGUGUACUCAUCUAGAAAGUGAUAUUUAUUACAUGGAAAACUUUAAUUGGCAUUCUACUAUUAAAGAUAUGGAUAGCUUCAGUUAUUGUUUGGUCACCUUUAAAGCAGCUGUUCAGUUUAUGCAGACGACAAAUUUUGAUUAUCUACAGCACCAGUCUAAAGUUAAAAAAGAGAUAAGCAUUAAUGAACUAAUGGCAAAGGUAAAGAUUUCUUCACCCAGUACUUCAACCACUGCAACUACCACAAGUCUUUCAGAUGAAAAUAACAAAUCUUUACGAAUAGAUCGCCAACUUGAUAAAAUAUCCAACUUUUUACAAGUCAACGAAGCUAAAAAUACAACAUUUACAAGCAGCGAAGAGAAAAAAUUCAAAAGUAUAUUUAAUGAGCCACCGAAGAGAUACAGUCCUCAUAGCACAAUGAUGAAUGGAGGGGAAUCAUCAGAUCAAAAUCCAUUGGGGGACUUUUUAUCAAGUCUACAAGAUGACAUGUUUGACCAGCCUUUUGGGAAACAAACUUGAAUGUACAAUUUUCACUGGAUGAAAAUUGUAAUUGGUGCCAGAGAAUCCCAACAGUAUCCAGGUUGCUUUGAUAAAAACAUCAAAAUAAAAUAAUCAUAUACCUGUAUUUCAUGUUUCAUUACAGUAGUUAAGAGAUUAUCAAUGAGAUUGAACGGUUAAUUGCUGGUUAAUUAACAUUGUAAUUAGUGGUAACACCCUAUGUAUUUACCAGUAAUGAUGCAUGUUAAUAAACUAGUACUUGUUAUUCCAUAAAUAACAACAUGAUGCUUCUCCAUUAUCCUUCAAAUCAAAUCAAAUAAAUGAUCAAUAGAAUAUACUAAUUCUUCACAAUUAAGUCUACAAGAACAUGGGUAGAAAAGAGUGAUAAUUUGGCUUCCAACAUUUUGUAGCAGAUGUGUUUAAAUAAAAGUUGCUUGGUCCUAUGUAGACCUUUUCUCAUAACAUUUACAUUUAAAUCUUGUCAAAUGUUUUUGUUCAUUUCUAAUUCUAAGCUCAAUGUACUGAUGGCAGAAUAUUAUAAAAUAUAUUUGCCUUGUGAAAUAAAUAAAGAGUUGUGAAGUACGUAACUGAUUAUUUUUUUUUAAAAGAUGAAAUAAAACAAUUGACAUGUUAUAUAUCAUAUUUUGUCAUAAUAAAUGUUUUGUAUUAUUUAAAUAGUUCUAUUUAUAUCACUAAUAAUCAGUUCCCAGCCUAAAUAAUAUACUUUUUAACUGGGUAGCUAUUUAUUUAUAUUAUUUAUUUGUCAUUUGAUCAUGGAAAAUGCUUUGAUUUAUGUUCAUUGUUAGAUUUUUUUUUUUAUAUGGGUAUAUGAUUUUAUAUUAAUUGUAAAGAUUUAACGAUAUGUUGAAAAAAAUAUUUGUUAAAUAUGAAUACACAGAUUGUUUUUCAUUCAUAAAUAUUAUAUUCAAAUUUUUUUGAUAUUUCUUCAGGAUAGUAGGAUAUUGUUAAAUUUUAAAACUGAAUUGAUGUCCUCAUUUCGACCGCAGACAUUAUCAAUUUAGCUUCACUUGACAUGUGUCUGGAAUUUCUCAGUGUUCUAUUGGUGCGUAAAUGUGUGGAACUCCAUUUUUCACAAAGUCUGGAUUUUUGAUUGUCGUGUACUAGUGCAUAAUAUUUAUAAGGUUUUGCCAACAGACCAGUGACGGCUAUAUUGUAGGAUGCUAUUUUACAGGGCCAUUAUAUAUCCUAUAAUGCUAAGGCCAUCAUGUAUCGUACAAUAAUGCUCUUUAUCCUCACCCUGACUUUACUGGUUUUCAUUAGUCCAGUCGGUGCAGAACAGUAAGAUGUUAAACUCCAUUUCAUUUCACCCGGAGUACACAGGUCAAGCUUAAUUGUCUCCCUUUACACCUGAGCCCUUUAAAUCUAAGAGACUCAACUUGUGUGACCAAAAGAGUGCAACAGAUUUUUUGCAUUAUAGGCCUACCGGUACCCAUUUACAACAAGGUAGGCCUAUAUACUGGAAUACAGGAAUGAAGUAGCCUAUCUUAUUCAAGAGCACAUUUUAAAUCUGUAACAUUUUGGAAACUAAUGGUAGGCCUACUCUAGAUCUGUAAGACCACAAAAAUAUAAUGUUGUGUUUCUGCACCUCUCAACCCAAAAAAAUUUUGGGUCUCAAACUUUUUUAUUUUAAAGUAGCUAAGUCUCUAACUCAAUAUCAUCAAAAAUUUUCGACAUUGAAAACACAAAUUAUUUGUCAAUUCAAAUCAACAUUGGUCUUGUGAUCUUACAGGGAAAAGAUGGGUUUCUGAUAUCCAAUAUUCAAGACAAAAUAAACAUUUUACCAUUGGUACACGAAUUGUGUACCAUAAUGCGUUUCAGCGCCAUUUGGAACAAGGGACUCAAAGAACGAGGCUAAACAUAUUCCACAAGUCAUGUCAAAUGGUGACCCUAUAUUCUUAUCUGGCGAGUAUGUGCAAUAAAUACCAUUGGUGUAGACUGGAAUAACCAGACGCUAAAGAUUGUCAUUUAAUUGAGACUUUGGCGCAUUUUGUGGAACAUAACUGAUUAGAAAUUACAGUAAAAACAGAAACGAUUGAAUGUAAAUCAGUUUAUAUACAUUCAUAUUACAUUAUUAUAUAGUUUAGCUCCUUUAAAAGUAAAGGAAAAAUAAUAUUUUCCACCUUAAUACUUGGUAGGUCUACCAGAAGAUACAGUGUUGAAAUUCUUAUUAUGUCAAAUUUUAAUUUUAUUUCAAAAUGGUGGGAAAUUAGAAUAAUAAAAAAAAUUGUGUCUUCCA